AUGGAUACAUCAUCUACCGACAAGGCUGGGGACAUCGCCGACAAAGAGAAGGGCAAUUUCACUGCUGGUAACAACUACAGUAAUGACGAUGUAGCACUCACUGCCCUCCGGAGGAUCACAACCGACGAGCCCGGUCACCCAACCCACUGGCCGACAUGGAAGAAAUGGAGCAUCACCGUUGUAUACUGUCUGCUACAGACGUUUGUUACACUCACGAGUACGACAUAUGUGAGCGCUGAGUUUCUCAUUGAGGAGAAGUUCAAUGUUUCCAAUGCUCAAAUUGUGGCUCUGGGACAGAGCAUGUUCAUUCUGGGCACUGCUGUUGGACCUGCAUUCUUGGGACCUUUAUCUGACAUUGGAGGCCGAAAAUGGGUCUACGUUGUCGCCAUUCUGUUCUAUGCGCUGGUCAAUAUUGGCUGCGCUAUGCCGCUGAACCUACCAAUGCUUAUCAUCUUCCAGUUCCUGAGUGGCACAACUGGUAGUGUGGCUCUGUGCAACGUUGCAGGAACUAUUGCCGAUAUGUUUGGCAGCGAGGAUGGUGCCGGCCAGCCUAUGGCUCUUUUCGUUGCAUCGGCCAACAUCGGUCCCAGUAUUGGAUCGCCUGUUGGUGAAUGGAUUGCAGACAAUGUGAACAUGGGUUUACCUUGGAUCUUCUGGAUCAACGUCAUUAUUGCCGGUGUUUUCGCUAUUGGCAUGUGCUUCAUGCCCGAAACCCUCCCUAGUGUUGUGAUUCGCAAGGAGGUCAAGAAACGAAACAUUGCCGAACCUGAGGAGAUCGCGAUCCUUGAAGAGAAGGUCAAUGUUUGGAAAGAGAUCAGGUUUGUUACUCUAAUGGCCCUUCGCAUAAUGGUCACUGAGCCCGUUGUAUUGUUUCUCGGCAUUUACAACGGCUUUGCAUACGGUCUUCUCUUCCUGUACCUCGAUGGUGUUUUCGACGUUUUUGUUUUGAACAACGGCCUCUCAUACAUCGGUGCAGACCUGACCUACCUCAACUUCGUUGUUGGCGUCGUUGUCAUGUUCUGCUUUGUCCCACUUCAGACUUGGCUUUUCAGGCGAGACCGCAUGAAGAACGGUGGUGUCGGCAGACCUGAGGCCCGCUUCCUGUUGUCUCUUGUCACAGUCUGGCUCUUCCCUGUUUCCCUUCUUUGGUUCGGCUUCACUAGCGAUGGUAACACAUCUUACUGGUCUCCAGUCGUUGCCGGUGGUGUGCUCGGGUUCUGCGAUCCCUUGCUGUGGCUCAGUAUGUUGAACUAUAUCACUGAUUCUUACACUACUGUUGCUGGUUCCGCCAUCGCCGCCUUCCUUAUUCCGUCAUUCAUCAUCGCGGCUGGGUUGGCUCAUGCCGGUAUUGCCAUGUUUGAUAACAUGAGCACGAAAUGGGCAAUGAACACACUUGGGUUCGUCUCAUUUGGUCUGGUCGCCCUCAUCUAUGUGAUUUACUUCUUCGGUGCCACGAUGCGUGCCCGGUCGAAGAUUGCCAGAUCUCCGUGA